UGCCCGCCUUGGCGGGCCCGUGUCAGGAUGGGGUAGAGCCAGCGCCAGUGUGGCGAUGGGCCGCCCUCUGGGCACCGAGCAGCCCCCGGAGGCCUGACAGACCAAGAGGACCCGGGAGGAUCCUCGCCUGGAUGUCAAGCGAAUGCCUCUGGCCCCUCCAGCGAACUCGGUGGAAACCAUGGCUUCUUUGAUGCCUCUUUCCCCAUAUCUGAGUCCCACGGUCCUCCUGCUAGUCAGCUGUGACCUGGGUUUUGUGCGAGCAGACCGACCUCCCUCUCCUGUGAAUGUGACGGUCACUCAUCUCAGAGCCAACUCGGCCACUGUGUCCUGGGACGUCCCAGAAGGCAACAUCGUCAUUGGCUACUCCAUUUCCCAGCAACGACAGAAUGGCCCCGGGCAGCGUGUAAUCAGAGAGGUGAACACCACCACUAGGGCCUGUGCUCUUUGGGGCCUGGCUGAAGACAGUGACUACACCGUGCAGGUCAGGAGCAUCGGCCUCCGGGGAGAGAGCCCCCCAGGGCCCCGUGUGCACUUCCGCACUCUCAAGGGUUCAGACAGACUGCCCUCCAAUAGCUCCAGCCCAGGUGAUAUUACAGUGGAGGGUCUGGAUGGAGAGCGGCCAUUGCAGACAGGGGAAGUCGUCAUCAUUGUAGUGGUAUUGCUCAUGUGGGCUGCUGUAAUCGGGCUAUUCUGCCGCCAGUAUGACAUCAUCAAGGACAACGACUCCAACAACAACCCCAAGGAGAAGGGGAAGGGGCCUGAACAGAGUCCUCAGGGAAGGCCAGUGGGGACAAGACAGAAAAAGUCUCCAUCCAUCAACACCAUUGAUGUUUGAGUGAAUGAAGAACCCGAACCAGAAGAGAGGAUGCACUGUAUGACUAUGUGGGGCGGGGUGGAGCCAGGGAAAGCCGAAGAUGGUGAUCUGCUUGAGACUCCCACAAGGCAGUAUGCUCCCAGAAUCUCAGGCUGGUACCCAUCCUCUUUCUACUGUGAGCAGGGCCAGAACCUAGGCCUGGUAGACUCUGUAUCCCUGGACCUGGGAGUGGAUUUCAAAUGGAGCAUCUCCUCCCAUCCCCCAGGUCCAGGGGAGAAUCACUUAUUCAACCCUAUCCCACUAGGUUCUGGAUAGGGGCCCCAUGUCACCUGCAUCAGGACUCUUGGCACCCACUAGCUGCCCCUACAGCUUGCCUCUGGGCUUCGGAGAAGGGCAUUUCUGUCCAUGUUGCCCUCCUCCAGAGUCAGAAGAACCAUCUGGGCCUAGAGGCAGAGGCUGCACUGCACUAUUCCAAUGUCUUCCACGGAGCCUCGGGUGCUCCGCCCUCACCUGGCAGCCCCUCCAGCUGCUGCUGAGCUCACCCCUGGGACAUUUUUCCAAUAAAGGUUCUUGGACAAACUGGAACUGACUGGUAUACUGUAUGGUAUGCUGAAGACAUCUAUCUCCAUGCCUUGUCAGUUCUUCUCCCAUCUCCACCAACCUAAAAGGACAGAGUCAUUAUAAGAUGUUUUCGUCAAUGUGUCAAUGUAUUCAUCUAAGAUGGGCGGAGAGAGAAAGAAGGGAAGGGGAUGGAAAGCCAGAGGCCUCCCUUCUUUGUCUUUGCUGAAUGAGAAGAGAGAAAAUGAGAAGUCACAGUUUUCAUACCAACGGAAACCAGGUCAUGUCAUGUCAUAUAAAAGGGCCAGUAGAUUUUUUUUUUUAAUCUUUGUUCAGGACCUUGUGCAUACUAAGCAAAUGUCCUAUCGUUGAGCUAUAUAACCAGUCCCUUCCCCACUCUUAUGACUCCAACACUCACUUUGGGGAAAUGGUCAGAAGGGCUGGGCUGUCUUGGGAGCUGACAGGAGAGCAGCUACAACUAAUGUGUCCUUGGUGCCAUGUGUCCUCACCCUGUGCACACCAGUGCCUCGUCUUUGUUUCCUUUUUCAUCUAUGUCUCUGUUCAUUCAAAAUUAAUAAUAAUUGUAAUCCAUAAAUGAGUUUAUAUUUAUACUCUAACAUAUCCAGAGGAUUCUAGAAAUAAAGAUGAGGGGUUUGGAUGCCCCUGUUGAAAAAAAUUGUAA